CCAAAAGCCAGCCUGAACACACACACAGCAAGAGUGAGGACGUAAAAAGGAGAGAGUUGCAAGAGAGACGCAAAGAAAUCAGCUAGCCUCUGUUAUCUCAGUCGCCUGGUUGUUUUGCAUCCCUGAUAUGACCCUGUUCAGCCCAAGAUACAUGAGCAUGAGUGGAGACUUGAAGUCCAGCCGCCCCAGGGCAGCAAGUAAGAGGGCCAGCAACACCACUUACGGAUCUGAGUUUGACCUGGACUAUGACAGCUAUCACGAGGACUACUAUGACAGGGUGUACGACUACCAGCGUGUGCCAGCAUCCCUGUCUCCUCUGCCCCUGGGACCCAGUCUGGCCAAGCGAUCCCGCUCCUCCUCCUACUCCUCCAAGCACAGACGCAGCCGAGACAGAACCCACUCCAAAAGCUCCAGAGCCCACUCCACUAGUUCAACCACAGCCAAGUUGGGCAUGGAGGAGUUGCAGGUGAUUAAAAAGGAGCUGACUCUGAUAAAGACACAGAUCGAUGGGCUGCUUGACAGUCUUGACAGGAUGGACACACAGAGGAAUGACCACAAAGGGUCUCCCCUGAGAGAGGACAGUCCAGCUGGCUCACCGUACGCUCUGUCAGCCAGCAGUCCCGAGCACUCCCUCUCCUCCCUCUCCCCACCCAGCUCCCGCCAUCGAAUCCACAGGGAGAGCCCUGAUCUGAGGGAGCCUGAUGAUGACCACCACACGAUGAGCAAUCACAGCUCUGACCCUGAAGAGGAAAUAUGAGGGUGGAAAAAGAGAAAAUGUAGACGACGUGGAUAAAGUGCCAAACAUUGAGGAAGAGAACAACAACCAUCAAGCCAACGCCCAUAUUGGAGGCUCCACUGAGUGUGCACAUAUCAAAUAACACAUAAAGUACACUCAGUUUUAUCGAAGCAGCUCAGUUUCUGUGACCAUAAUUUUAAGUAAAACAAAAAUACAGACAAAUGUGACUUAUAUACACCAAUUACUUGUAUAUGUGAUUGAGAAUAAUUUGUUAGAUCAGAUGGAGGGAGGGAGUGAUUUUAGAGUAGUUACAUAAAAGACAGCUAGAGGCAGGAUGGUGAAUUCAACUUUAAAAAUCCUGCCUAAGCAGGCAGUUCUGUAGUACUGUACAAGUGUGUUUGCAUAAACACAAAUAUUAGUAUUAAUCCAAAUGAGACAAUAUAGUUCCCUGAUUAAAACAUUAUGUAAGCAGCUUAUAAUUUAUCACAUUCAUUAAAGUCUUCUGCUGAAAACAGGCAGCAUAUGGCAGUAUCAGACUGUACAGUACAUAAUAAUUUGUGUAGAGUCAUGGGGUCUGUGUGAGAAUGUUUCUGCUGCUUCACCAGUUUCUCCCAGGAGGACACAAAAUUUUAAUGAAUCUCUGUUUAUGAAGGACCUUUAAUUAGACUUAGGCACACAAAAUGUGGGAAACAGGAGUAAUGAUGAAGCAGGGGCUGCAGGAAAAACUGGAAUAUUGUGUGCAUGUACUGUAAAAUGAAAAUUAUUGCUUUCUGUAAAAGAAAUCUGUACACUGUCAAGUUAGAUCUUUCAAGACACUCGACUCACACUUUACCUUCAUUGUGUACCUUCAAGGUAUCAUAAUUCAGACAUUCAAAGUAACUAAAUCCUUGAGAGAUUGGAUAGUCACACUGGUCAUUUAGGAAAGAAACAAGUUGUAUGUAUGCUUCUUCUCUGAUUGUGCUUCCCUGACAAGUUUGUAAACCACCUGUCACACCUUUCAGAAGUACUUUCUCUACUUUAAACAUAUUAGAGGAAAGUUAACACUCUCUUCCACCAUGUAUUUGGCACUAAGUUGUGCAGAGGCCCAGGUCAGUGUGUAAUAUUGUGUAUUAUUGUAAACUUUACUGUAAUUGUUCAGCUGUCUGAUUUUAAUCUUGCUUUAGGACUUCUCAUAUGAUUUUUUUUAAAGAAAACAAUGAUGUUAUUAUGAUUCCUAUGGUGGUACAUGUUUUUGUUUGCAUUCUUAAGAUAAGCCAAGUGGAAAUACUCAUUGUCACAGUAGUAAAGGUAUUUUCAUAUUGACUACAAAUACAGUUCAUGGGAGUGUGUUUUUAUUAUGCUGAAUAGACACAUGGAGGAAAUGUUUCAAAACCUGAUCAAUUCAAGUAUGCAACUAAUAUGAAGUCUAUGUCUUAUAUGAUAACUGAGUCCAUACCUUAGGCCAUAAUGGUAAAUAUCAUCUUGCUUGCUCCCUGAACCAUAAAAACCUUUUCUUCAGUGCAUGGAUGUGAUUGUGCACAGCAACAUUCACACUGUGUUUGUUGCUUUGAGGGCCGCUGUGUGCCUAGUUAAGAAUGAUGCC